AUGGGGCAGAAUCCAUUUGAAGCCAUCCUGAAGAACUACAUAUCCUUAGCUCAAUGUGUUCAGACAUUCGUAUCGCGACUGCUCCCAGUGAACCGAGAAGAGAAUCACAGCCACAAGCAGCUCCCCGCUAUGAACUCCGCCGUGUCACUAGUGUUACCUCCCUCGCCCGGAGCAUCCACCCAAACAGAGGAUCCUUAUCUCUUUCUUCAACCCAAAGAGGCUUCUUCAGACCCCACUUCCUCCAUCAGGGUAAUUUCUUAAUGAUCUUUAAGGUGCCGGUUCCGAGUUUCUUUUCAGAUGUCUGAUGCUUUCUAUGGAUCGAGCCCGUGAAUAUCAAUUAAUUUUGUUAGUUCUGCUGCGCUCUACAGGGAAACUAUGUGGUGCCAUUGACUAAAGAAGAACUCGGGAGGUGUACUUGGACUCUUCUUCACACGAUCGCUGCACAGGUUUUUAAUUCCGAUUUUGUGAUAAUUUUCUGCUCGUCUUAAAAUUAAAAUAUAACCCCAUUUUUUCAGUUCAUACGCGCAGGUUCUGCUAUUAUAGCAGAUAACAUAACAUACAUGAUUUUUCUCCUAGUGAUUUACCUCAUCAUGGCGCGAUCAUUUUUUUUUUCCGACUCUUUCCUUGGGGUGAUCCAAAUUUUCAUCUUCAGUGAUGAAAGUACACUGUGUAUCAAGCUCCAGUGAAACUUGAGCAGCUUCACGACACGAGUGAUAUCUGCCCAGUGUUGGUUUUACUAAAGCAGAUUAAGUUUUUGUCAGUUUUUUUUUUUUGAGAAAAAAAACUUACUUUAUUCUUGGUCUUUAUUACCCUUUUUGGAACAUUUAUAUAUAUAUAUAUAUUAAUUUUUAUUUUAUUUUCAGUAUCCAGAGCAUCCUACCAGACAACAGAAACGAGAUGCUAAGGAGCUGGUAAGCUGUACGCCAAUUUUCUGCUAGUCUUUUCCAUCCACAAUCAUGAAUAUUUUCUUUUGAUUGGGCACUUUAGUUUAGUCCACGGUGGGAUCAUGCAAUAUUAAUUUAGCCGGGAAGAAUGAUUUUUAAAAACACUAAAAAUUACUCAAUUUUAUGUGUAACUUAGUUUAUUUUUUCCUUUUAGCUGUUUUUUAUGUUAUAUUGCUGACUCGUCAAUUUUGUUCCCUCUUGUUCUCUCUUUUAUUAUUAUUAUUUUCUCUUAAUAGAUGGUAAUAAUAUCUCGCCUUUAUCCCUGCAAGGAGUGUGCCGAUCAUUUUAAGGAAAUUCUAAGGCGAGUAUCUCUCAUGAUUUUAUGGAUUCUGCGUCUUUUUAUCAUAUUUUCGUUUCAUUAUUUCGAAAACCCCAGAAUUCUCCUUCUAGAAAUAAACCCUAAUAAUAUGACACAGAGAAAACUGGUCAUCUGCUGUUAACUCUAUGGACCUGCACUAUUUCCCCCCCAACUGUAUCCAUAAUAUUAUGAUCCAGCGGUCUCUCUCUCUCUCUCUCUCUCUCUCUCUCUCUCUCUCUCUCUCUUGCUCUCUCUAUCUCUCUCUCUCUCUCUCUCUCUCCCUGUCUCGGUUGAGUUAUUAGACCAAUACCCCAAUAAAGUUAUUCCCUGAAAAAGAUAACUUUAUUAUUAUAGUCUCUCUCUUUCUCUCUCUCUCUACUCCACUCACUUCUUCAUGGCCGCAGAGCAAACCCCGUGCUGGCUGGGUCUCGAGAGGAGUUAUCGCAGUGGCUGUGCCACGUCCACAACGUCGUCAACCGAAGGUAAGUUCGGUGGCUUUCUCUUUCUUCCUCGUUUACAUGGAAUCAAAAGGCGGAGCCUUUGACCUCUCCCUCCUGUGACAGCCUCGGGAAGCCGAUAUUUCCCUGCCGGAGAGUCGGCGCCAGGUGGGGAAAGCUCGGUUGCGAGGACCGCGGCUGUGACGUGGACGGCGGCGACGUCAGUCCCCCGUAG